AUGACCUCGGUCGACGGCCUGGCGUCCGGUGGACGCGAGCCGCAGCGGCACAGUUUCGGCAUCUCGAUUGAUACGCCUCCAGACGAGAUGAUCAGACGGGCCGAGGACCUCCUGGCACAGAAGCGGCAGCAGCACCACGACCGCAAGAAGCCGCGGGAGGACAAAGGGAACCUGCUGUCGCACGGGCUGGUCCAGGAGAUAUACAACAUGCUCUGGAGCAGGACGGCCACGGGGCGGACGUGCUACAAGAUCAACCUGCCCGACACGGUGAUCAUCGAGGGGGGCGAGCUGGUGGCGUGGUACUUCUCGUCCACGCAGCAGGAGGAGAUCCUGAUGAAGUCGUCGAAGAACCUCCUCAGCGACAACAUCAUGAACAAGUGGAGCGCCCGGAACCGCAACCUGCCGGCGUCCGCCAUGCUCCUCUGGCCCGACGUCGACGUCGAGGGCCACGAGCCCGAGAUCUACUUGAAGCCCACGCCGCACCCCCAGGUGCAAGGCGUGCCCGUUCAGGGGCGGUCGAGCCCGGUGACGGCGGUGCGGUACCUCACGAGCGCGUCGCUGCGCACCUUCCUGGAGACCGACUUUCGGCCGUGGACGGGGGUGCUGCAGCGGUUCGUGGGCUCCAUCGGGUACGGAAAUACCAUGAUCCGCGCCAUGUGGAACCCCGCCGGCACGGACGUCGAGAUCCGCGAGAACACGUACCGGAUGACGGACGAGUCCGAGUCGCUCGAGACGCGCAUGUCGACGUUCGAGGGGGCGAUCUUCCUCUCGCAGACGCAGCCCCCGGAGGCGCGCCCCGAGCUCCACCAGCUGGUCAAGGAGCACUGCCAGGCCAUCGCCGAUCACAUCCACGAGAUCUUCACAGGGGUGUGGGCGGUGACGGAGAUGACGCUGUACUUCAAGCUCGACGACCAGGAGCGGCUGUGGUUCCUGUUCUGCACGUCGCUCCAGAUGUCGGGCCCCGGCGCGGUGUCGGCCGAGGACCGCCCGAUGUCCAUCAGGACGGCGCCGCUCGCGACGCAGGUCAAGAGCCAGAUCGCGUCCAAGUCGGCGCACGGGUCCUUUUUGUGCUGCCACUGCGGGCGCGUGUCGGGCUACGACGACCGCAAGGGCAUCGACUUCUUCACCAUCAUCCACGAGUACCAGUCCAAGGUCGGACUCGAGCCGGACGACCGGCGGCGCGACUGGCUCAUGCAGCAGAUCCCGCCCGGCAUCGCGCGGACGUACCGCUCCCUGUCGCGGAACGAGUACAACCGAGUCAAGGACUCGAUCAACUUCCAGCACCGCACCGCCGAGGUGUGCAAGUCCUGCCACAGCAGUCUCGCGGCGUUCCGAGCGCUGUGGAUCGAGCAGGAGGAGAAGCACAGACGCGACCGCUUGCGACAAGCGCGCAAGGAAGCACGCGAGACCCUCCAGCGCCCAUCAUCCCCGCCGCGGCCGCUGACGGGGAGGACGGACAGGUCGAAUGUGUUUGAAGCAGAACAGGGAGAUGACCAGGAGAGGCGCUCGCCUCGCGCGCACGAGACGAAGCGCAAGACGACACUCUUCCGCCAGCCGCGCGCCCCACCAGCAGUCAUACAGCCGCCCCUGGCCGUCCCGCCGCGGCCGCCGAGGAGGCUGACCCCAGAAGAGGUGGACAUGAUGGCCGACCGUCUCAGCGCUCCUCGGAAGGUGGCCCCCGCACAAGCGGAGCCCUCCUCCGCGGAAGUGCAGCAGGUGUUGCCAGGGGAAGAUCAGAGCGCACUGGUCCGCGUGAUGCGCAUAUACAAGGAUAGGACAAUGGAGCCCGAGCGGCCGAUCAGCGGCCGGGCGGCGCAACGUGUGCCGGACUUCAUGAGGGAUCUACAGGGAGCACUGUCGAACGACGAGCUCGCUCUCCUGACCGAGGUGGUGGGGACGGACGCGCUGGUCGAGGAUGACUGA